AUGGCCGUAAGCGUAGCAGUUGCCGGUAUGUACACUCUUACUCCAACCCUCUCUUCCUUCAAGCACCCCACGCGCCUCUUCUCACGUGCUGAUUUCGUUACGAAGCUUCGAUUUCCUCUUUCACUUCGACUUCGAGCUUCUUACACGGCCGUUAUCGACGCCGAAACCAAUUCAACGGAAUCGAUCGUAGUUGAAAAGGAAGUACGCAAUAGCAGCAACACGUUGGCUUGUCCAGUAUGUUAUGAUUCCUUGACAUGGAACGGUGGUCCUGGUUUGUCCGUAGAUAGUAUCGGUGGAUCAAGUUUUCAAUGUAGCACCUGUCAGAAAACGUAUGUUGGUAACCAAACGCAUAUUGAUCUCACCGCAACAGGUGGAGCUAAGACAUAUGGUGAAACGAUGCCAGUUUCCACAGAACUUUUCAGGGUGCCAUUGGUAUCAUUUCUCUAUGAGAGAGGCUGGCGUCAAACCUUUUCUGUGUGGGGUGGUUUUCCAGGUCCUGAGAAAGAGUUUGAAUUGAUGAAGGGUUUCCUAAAGCCAGCAUUGGGAGGAAAUAUUAUUGAUGCUAGUUGUGCAAGUGGAUUGUUUUCAAGAUUAUUCUCAAAAAGUGGACUGUUUUCUUUUGUUGUUGCUCUAGACUACUCAGAAAACAUGUUGCAGCAAUGUUAUGAAUUCAUUCAGCAGGAAGAGAACUUUCCAAAAGGGAACUUCAUCUUGGUUAGGGCAGACAUAUCUAGGCUCCCUUUUGUUUCUAAUUCUGUUGAUGCUGUACAUGCUGGCGCAGCUCUCCACUGUUGGCCUUCACCAUUGACAGCUGUGGCUGAAAUAAGUCGUGUUUUACGACCUGGAGGUGUAUUUGUCGCAACCACCUACAUACUUGAUGGUCCUUUUUCUGUUAUCCCAUUUCGAAGUACAUUCCGGCAGAAUUUUAGUCAAUUAUCUGGGAGCUACAUCUUCCUAUCGGAACGUGAACUUGAAGAUCUCUGCAGGGCGUGUGGGCUGGUUGGAUUUAAAUGCAUUAGAAAUGGGUUUUUUGUGAUGAUCUCUGCUACAAAGCCCAACUGA